AUGGGUCGGAUCCACUCAGCGGUGAUUAGUAAUAUCGAUUGGAAGAGCCGGAGUGUGACCGUCGAGUGGUCCGAAUCGGAUGAGAUCAAAGGCAAAGAGAUAAUGCCUGUGCGGGCGUCGGGUAUAACCGCUCCGGUGACCAAAGGCUCUUUGCGUGUCCGACAAAUUAAUACCCGGCAAACGAUGGCCAAUGGAAAUGGCGUGGCUUUAGAGCCGCUGCCAGUGGUGUCUUCAUCUGCUAAUCACGUGAAUGCCUCGAAUAAGUCAGCGGUGAUAACGACUGCCAAAGAUAAAGUAAAAGCCAUAACACACGGCGUGGAUGUGAAUAAAGCGAUAGACUAUUACCUGAAAGGUGUGGACACGAGUAGUACACCGGCUCUGAAGCGAGCGUUUUAUCAAUAUUUUGGCGAUUUAUUCAUGAAAUAUCCGACAUAUGAGUUCACCCGACAAAUGGCCACAACUGUUGGCAAUCGGCAUAACAUAUACUUCUAUGAACUCUCAUAUCAGAGCCAAUACUUAGCCAAAAAACUCGGGUGCGAUGACAAGGAUGCGGGUGUCGGACACGCGAUGAUUAUACCGUUUGUCUUCGGGAAACCUAUUGUUGGACAUAAUGUCGACAAAUACAAUGAAACCGAUCGUCAGUUCAGUCGUGAUGUGAUGCGGAUGUGGACUAACUUUGCGAAAUACGGCAAACCGGACGACAAAUGGCCGCAACUGUUGAGUGAUCCGAAUGUACCAAAAGUGAAGGAUUUAAACCCCGACCCAAACCGACCCCCACUUCACGACCCGUACGCUAAACACUAUAUCAACUUUUGGCGAUCAUAUUUUACAUAA